AUGGAAGCCGAGCUGAAGCUGGUCACAGCCCUAGAGAGCCUGCCCUUCUCUUGUCUUCAAAUAAAUAUCUCUAGGGUUUCCACCUCUAGCCAAGCCGCCGCCCAGAUGGCCAGAUCCGAUCCCCACCUUCCAGAUCUCACCAAGGCCUCGUUCUCCGCCCAAAGGUUGCUCAAGAUCCCUCCACCUAUCUAUCUCCACGCCGAUGAUCCGGGCUCUCCUCCUCCUGGGUCGAUCCUCCUCGACCCGUACGGCUACCUCAGCGACCAACGGCACCACCGCCGAGGGCUUCACGGAGGACGGUCGUACCAUCCUGGUCACCUUCUGGGUGGCCAGCCCGCCGCGCGUCUCCUACUUCACUUUCGAUUGCUCCGACUUCUAGCCCUUCGUGUACGGCAACUUGCCCAAGGCCGUCCACUCGGAGGACGACCUCAUCCUGUUCCGUUUCCCCAUCGUCACCAUCAGCCGUCGAGACGACGACCAAUGUCUCCUCAACAACGAGGACCACCAGUACUUUGUCUACCAGGGCGGCACCAUGACACGCCGCCGUCACUAAAUCUGGUACCUAUCCUGGACGACCUAGAGUUCAGUGACCACGAGGCUGUGCUUCUGCGUUGCCACGACCAAGAUAUGUUCUACCUCGCCCUGCUUGUUAGGGUCUCCGAUUUUAAGUACGACGACGAGCAGUAUGAUCUCCACCUGUACAACUCCAAGACAGGAACAUGGAACACCAAGUUGACGCAUAUUGAUUAUGAUUAUUCACCCAAGGAGAAUUUCAAUUUUGCAUAUCCAAACGCUGUCCUAACCAUAGGAGGUGAGUCCGGUUCAGUGGGCUGGGUCGACCUCUGGCGGGGCAUCCUUAUCUGUCACCUUCUUCUCCCGGACAACCAUAUUCUUUGCUACAUCCCACUACCGUUGCCACAGGUGCCCAAGCCGCUCAGGGGUUAUGCCCGCUAUUCUUGGAACAUCAUGGUUUUUGGAGAUCACAUCAAGUUUUUCGAGAUGGUCAGACCAAGCUCUGACACUGGACGCAUCUGCGACGCUGAAGAUUUGGUGGCUGCAACAAAGAAAAUGAAAAUUUCAGACAUUGGUUCUAGGAACGUCUGGGAGGAGGAAUGUGCUGUCAAUAUUUCUGAGAUCCCAGUGGACAGCCUGGAGUUUGCCCAAAUGCUGCCUAGUCUGAAACAUGUUACAGAUACAAAGGACAAGGCAUUGGUGAUUGCAGUUGAUAUGAAGAACAAGACUAUAAAAGAUGUGGCUUAUUUUGGCUCUGGAAGGUAUCUUGGUUACAAUCACACCUACCUUCAAAGUGGGAUCUCGAAGUAUCUGGACAUUUGGUCCUCCUCCAGAACUAAUAUGAUUUCCAUUAAACACACUAAGGAGCCAAAUAAUUCUUGUAGUUGGCUUAUUUCUCAGUUCUACAUACCAUUUCUCAGUUGUCCAAUUGCCAUUCUGGAUUAUUGCCAGAAAUGUGAGAAUGUGCACCAAUGA